UCUCUCUCUUUCAACCUUUGUCUUUUCUUUGCAGCAUGCAAGUGUAACAGCCAUGCCAACGUGUGCCACGUCAACACAGGGAAGUGCUUCUGUACAACUAAGGGCAUCAAGGGAGACCAGUGUCAACUAUGUGACUCAGAGAACCGCUACCUUGGUAACCCUCUCCGAGGAACAUGUUAUUACAACCUGUUGAUCGAUUACCAGUUCACCUUCAGUUUGCUUCAAGAAGAUGACCGAUACUACACCGCCAUCAACUUCAUGGCUACACCUGAACAGGCGAGCAAGAACCUCGACAUGUCCAUCAAUGCCUCAAACAACUUCAACCUCAACAUCACUUGGUCCUUAAGCUCAACAGCUGGCACGAUCUCAGGCGAAGAGAUGCCCAUCAUAGCGAGGACCAACAUCAAGGAGCACCGUGACAGUUUCUCGUGUGAAAAGUUCAACUUCAGACUUCACCACAACAUCACCUUCUACGUCUAUGUGACCAACUUCAGCUGGCCAAUCAAGAUCCAGAUUGCUUUCUCUCAGCACAACAGCAUCAUGGACCUGGUGCAGUUCUUUGUUACCUUCUUCAGCUGUUUCCUGUCUCUGUUACUGGUCGCUGCUGUGGUCUGGAAAGUCAAACAGACGUGCUGGGCCUCACGACGUAGAGAGCAGCUGAUGAGAGAGCGACAGCAGAUGGCCAGCCGUCCCUUCGGUUCGGUUGCUGUAGUGCUGGAGGUGGGCGGUGACCAAGAGGAGCUGCUACAGGCAGUGCCGAAGCCCAUAGCUAUGGAGCCAUGUUGGGGGAGCAGGGCAGGUGUUCUGACGGUGCUGCUGUAUCUGCCCAGAGUCCCAUCUGGAAUACCUCCACCAGGACAGUCUGGUAUCGCUAUAGCCAGUGCUCUGGUAGACACAUCACAACAGCGCGUGAUGGACUUCAAAGAAAGAGGCCUGGGUCUGAAGCACCGCAAACUCACCGUGCACCACCAAGGGACGUGUGUGUGAACCGGAUGCCCCCAAAGAGGUGAUAAAAUAUCCAUUGUGCCACCAGAGGAAUUUCACUGGAGAUAUUUUUAUUGACUUUAAACAAAAGGGACGUAUUGUAAACAAAGGCCAAACUGGGGGGGGGGUCCCGUUCUCCCCUGGAUCAGAUGGAAAACUUGCUCUUUUUGUCCCUUGUGUGUGUACAUGUUGGUCCCGAUGAGCCAGGAAAACAAACAAAUAUUGGACACCUGCAGAACAAGGAUGUGCUUCUACACUACAGCUCGGGUCAGAAUUUUACUGCGAGAGCUGGCAGGCUUUUCCACUUCCAUGCCAUGUGGCUCGGCAUCCUCCGGGGUACUACAUGUCUGUCUGUCUGUCAUGCAGUUUGCCAUAUUGACAGAGGAAAAAUACUUGUUUUACACCAGUAAACCAAACUAAAUGGCUUUGAGCUCCUGAGAAAGAUACUGAACUGAAAUUAACUGAAUUGAAAUGAAGUCCUCCCGACUUACAAUCUGCCUCAGUGAGCCAAACUGGAAAGAACAACAUGGACUUAACGAGAUCAAUGGAAAACACUGUAGUGGGUGCUGCUUGCUUGAGGUCUCCUUUUAAAUACUACUACUCUUGAGGACUGCAUCUUGCUACAAACAUCUUUGGAUGCAACUGUAGAAAUGUGUCCUUAAUGAAAUACAUGCAUUUCUUGUCCCCCCCCCCACCACCACCACCACCACCACCACCACCACCACUAUUUUGAUAUCUGCUCAGGUCCUCUAUAAUGGAAAAGGGUCCAUUAUCUGUAGCUUUGGGCCUUCUACACAUCUGUAUAUGCACUAUAAUUAAAUGCUUUACCAGUACAUUAGGACCCUCUGUGGAAUAAUAUUAUGCAACUGAUCAUCCAAAUGUAAUGUUUAUUGUGGGCUGCGAUGUAACCUUGAAGGUCUGUAUCAUCAAACACAUACUACUGAUGGUAUUCAUGUAUGUAUUAAUUCAUUUAUAUACUGUGAAGCUACACUAUACAUGUUUUCCUCACGACCUCCAGUAAAUCUUAUGCCUGUUUAUUUGUGAUACACAAACUUUAUGUAACGUAUCUCGUUACGCAGUAUGUUUUAAUUAUGCAAAGUUACAAUUAAACACAAAUUUAGUUAAGUUUUACAAAUGCACUAAGGAUUUAUUUAUUUUUUAACAGAAAAAUGAAAAUUGAUUUUACAGAACAGGUCUGUGCGAUAUUCCCUUUUCUGCUUGUACCCUCAGUGUCUUUUCAUUUCCAAAUAUAUAUUUUAUGCAUAUCCUAGCAAGUUUUGUGAUGACAAAAGGGAUUUCCCUUUUCCAGCUGUGUUAAAUUGUUAUUGAAUAUUGUAAAUUCACUUUUUAUUGACUGCAUAUACACAGAUGUCCUUCUGCACACACAUUUGUCUAAACAUCAAGCCUGAUUGCUUUCAUUUAGGUUUGUUUUCAUGUCAUUUUGCACCAGUUUGUUGUUGAGACUUAUAUAAACAAAGGGCAGCUCACCACACUGUUUUUGUCCAUAUAGCAUAAAUCUGUACAUUUACAAUUAAAACAUUUUGAUGCCUCUUCGUAUUGUAAUUGAAUGUAAAA